CUGUGUGCACACUUAUUUUGAAGGCAUCGACAGGAAGUAAACCCCUAAUUCCAAAGUGGACCUCUGCAGGAAAGUUUCUCAAGGGAUUCCUUUGUUCGUGGGUUUGGACCAGGAGAAAGUGGAUAUAUGGGAUGAAAUAAACCAGAAGUUAAUAACAUCAGCUGAGUGAGAGCAAAGUGAGGAGGAGGAAGCUGUGGACACAACGAGGAGUUCUCGGUGAAAAGGCAGAAAGUUGCUAAUGGAAAGAGAGGGAAGGGGAAAGAUGACGAGGAGGAGCCGAGGACGGAGCUGAGCUAUGUGGCAAAUCUCCGAAGAACUUCUCCGUCCGUGAAAGCAGCAGAGCCGCCUUUAUUUCGAAAAAGCGAUGGAGGGAGAGAAGGAGCGACUGAGACAACACCGGGAUGAGAAGGAGAGCAACGAAGCAGAUGAUUACGGCAAGUGUGACGACGACAAAGACAAGGUCGAGGGAGACGAUGAAGACUUGGUGGGGGCAGCGCUGGUCUGGCAGGAACGCUACGGCGAGGACAAUCUAGGCCUUCCCAUCAUGCACUGGGAGGCCCUGAGCCUGCGUAUUGCCGAGCUCGAGAAGCAGGAAGAAGAGAAGAAGGAGAAGAGGUUAAAGACUGGCCUUUCUCUGGAGCAAGGAGGAGCCCCAGUCAGCUGGAAAGAGGAGCGAGGGAAGAGAACGGAGAGCUGGGAGGACGGAGACGACGCCUGCAAUAGUCACGUGCUCGCACUGACCUCUCGGUACGGGCGCGCCUCUUAUUUCUUACUGGAUGUCUGUUUGUGUGGUCGCUGCAGUCUGCUCGCAUCUGUUGCAAGAUUUCCCGUCUGUUUUCUGCUGAAGAGAGGAAGUGUUCAGAUUCACAAGGAUCCUCAGCCUUCAAGCAAACCAGAGAAACAAAAGUCGAGAGGCUUCAGGAACACUCUGAAGAACCUGCGAGACCGACUGAGGACCGACCACAAGUCUUUGACCACAGCGCGGAGUGAUCCUGUAAUCCAGAGGAGACAUUUGGAGCACAGCGAUCUGCAGGGUUUCACUAUCAAGGAGCUGAAUGCUCUCUGUGCGUCUCUCAGCCAGGCUAUACAAGAUCUGAGCUCAGAGCUGGUGGGUCGCCUCCAGGUCCGAGACCAGCUUAGGACGGAGCAGGACGCCAUGCUGCUGGAGGUACAGGAUCUAACGUCACUGUGACAUCACGUCCACGUGUGAGCAGCUGGGAGGAGUGGUUAUGACUUAAACAUUAUUAGGGUAACUCCACAAAGUUCUCCACAACAUCUGAGACUUUCCCUGCUGCUGUUGGUCGGACUGGUCGAUCACUGUGAGGUGUUAGUCUC